AUGAUACCUAUCACGAUUAUCACGGGCUUCUUGGGCUCGGGGAAAACAACGCUCAUCCUGAACCUAAUCCCCCAACUACCCAAAACCUACAAACUCGCGCUCCUCAAGAACGAAUAUGGCGACAUCAAAGUCGACACAGCGCUUGCCUCCUCAGCCGCUAUAUCAGGCGUGCAAGAAUUGCUCAAUGGAUGCAUAUGCUGCAACCUCGUCGGGCAACUCUCCGACGCCCUCGAAACGCUCGCCAACGACGUAAACCCCGAUCGCAUAGUCAUCGAGACCUCCGGCUCUGCCUUCCCUGCAACCCUCGCCAUGGAAGUAAACCGACUGAGCAGAGAAACGGGCAAAUACGUUCUAGACGGCGUAAUGAGUGUGAUUGACGUGGAGAAUUGGAAGGGCUACGAAGACACGAGCUACACGGCGAAGAUGCAGGCACGCUACACCGAUCUCAUUGUUCUUAACAAGCACGAGCUUGUUAGCGAGAGACGGUUGGAGGAUGUUGAGGACGCAGUGUUGGCGCUGGAGGUGGAGCCGCAAAUACCUAGGACAAAGAGCAGGAAGGGGUGGGUGGAUAAGGAUAUUGUGUUUGGACUGGAUGCGAGGCUGGCAGGGGUCACUGAGGAGAACGGAAGCGCGCACGCACAUGAACACGACCAUGACCAUUCCAGCGAAGUCGAGGUCCUCACAGUCACACUGAAGAGUCAGGAUGGUAACAGUAGUGUCGACACUGCGAAACUCGCCAAACUCCUCGAAGACCCCACCAAAGACGAGGUGUACCGGAUAAAAGGCAUUUUGUAUUCUUCUACACCACCGAAAUCAUCGGACGCUGAUGCGGACGCGCACCAGAAAGUACCGGAGGGCUGGGCAAGAUAUAUUCUGAACUGGUCAUUCGGGCGCUGGACGUUUACUCCAGUUCCGCUACCAGCUGGCGAGAGCUCUGGUGAAGAAGAGCCGGUUCUGAGGUUGACGGUUAUUACGGCGAGGUAUGAGUCGACUAAGUGGAAGAAGCAGAUUGAGUCGUGUGGGUUGAUUGCGUUGGAGGGUGAUGUGGAGGGUUCGUUGACGGUUGAGAAGAUAGGGUAG